CCGGCUGGGCAGCAUUACCAACACGAGUCGCCAGAGCAUGGGCCGGGAAGACGAUAGGACGCUGCGAGCGUUGGCAGACAACCGCUUCCUCCUUGGCCCCGGUACCACGAGCAGCAGCAGCAGCAUGGGCAGUACCGUGACCAUCCUCCGGUCCGUCCUGACCAUGGCGUCGCUCACGGGCUGCUUCUUCGUCGUCAUGAGCUACCUCCUCUUCAUGCCACUGCGCAAGUCGCCAUCCAACCUCGUGCUCUGGAUGGCGCUCUUCGCCAUGGCCAUGCACCUCUCGAUGAUCCUACAGACAGGCUUCGACAUGCCCUCGGUGCCUACGCUCGGCCACUGCGUCGAGAUUGGCACGACGACCGAGUUCUUUGUCAUUGUCCAAGAGCUCUACCUCGCCAUGAUGACCGUCGACCUCUAUAUCACGACGCGCAACCCAUUCUCGUACUUUCGCACGAUCUACUACCACCUCAUCGUGGGCACGACCGGCGCGGUCUGGGCCUACAUCUUCUCGUCCGACGACGCUGUGCCCGGCGCAUCGCCGCUCGGCAUCUGCUGGUUCAACGCAAGCCACCCCAACGCCUACGUCUAUGUGUGCAUCUACCUCGUCGCGCCAUUGGCCAUGAUCUAUGGCGUCGGCUUCAUGCUCUUCAUCGUCGCAAGGAACCGCAUCAACGACGGGUACGACGACACGUCGACGUCGGCGGCCCGGACGCUCUCGCUGCGCCAGAUGAAGCUUUACGUCGGUGUCUCGGCCCUCUACUGGUUCAUCGUCGGCUUUGGCUCGCUCAUCAUCCUCUACGGAGCUGGCCUCGACGACGUGACCGACCCGCUCUACUCGUUCUGGAGCCUCAUGUUCGCGUCCAAGGGCCUCGUCAUCGCGGGCCUCUACUGCCACAUCAUGCGCGUCGGAUCGGUCUUCCACCUCUGGCGCAUUGGUGACUACGACCCGCUCAUGAAGGUCCAGGGCGUCAAUUGGGUCCUUCGCCGCGACGUCCUCUACUUUGCUCGCAUGGGAGUCUGCGAGUCCAUGUCGCCGUCCGUGCAGCUCGUGCCCGAUGUCGACCAGAGCAAGUACGCCGUGCGGAGCCUCGAGCUCGUGGGCCGCACCGACUCGCACCGCGCGAUCUUCCGCGACUACGAAGCCGGCUCGUUUGACGAGAUUCGGCGCAUCUCGGGCAUUUCGACCGAGUCCUUUGUGCGCUCGAUGAGCGUGCACACGCGCGAGCGGUUCAGCGAGGGCAAGUCGGGCGCCUUCCUCUACUUUACCGGCGACCAGCGCUUCAUCCUCAAGACAUGUACGCAGGCCGAGCAGCAGUACUUGCUGCAGAUUCUACCGCAGUACAUUCGCCACCUGACGUCCUUUCCCAACUCGUUCCUCUCGCGAUACGUGGGUUGCUACGACCUGAUCGUGUACGACCAGACGGUCCGCUUCAUCGUGCUCGCCAACGUCAUGCAAAAUCCGUCCGUCGACGUCGACGAGUUCUUCGAUCUCAAGGGCAGCUACGUCGGCCGGUACGACGACCCGAUGGCCCAAGGCGUUCGGAAGGUCUGCAAGUACUGCGGCAUGGAAUUCGUGGUCGGCAUGACGCAAGAGCUCUGCAAGAUGAACCCGUUUCCGAACCAAGGCCACACGCAAGAAAUUUGUGGCAAGGACCUCAACUGGGCGUCGCGCCAGAUCUCGCUCGACAAUGAACUCGCCGACAAGAUCGCGACGCAGCUCAACACGGACAGCGAGUUUCUGCGCUCGAUCAACUCGAUCGACUACUCGCUCAUGGUGGGCCUGCACACGGUGGGGCUGCCGCGGCCUCCGCGGCCGGUGGUGUCGGCCACUCCGUACAGCAGCGCAAGUACGCCGCCGCAGAACGACAACGCGACGCCGAGCUACUUGUUUCACGACGAGGACGAGUCCCGCGACGGUGUCCACCAGCCCAUCUACCUCAAGGACCACAGCGAGUACGAAGCCAUGGCGUCACCGGACUCUUCGUGCGUCAGCAAUGUCACCGAGGACACCACCAAGCAUCCUGGCAACAAGAAUAUGUUUGGGAAGGGCACGAGCCUCGACAAGAUUUCGAGCUCGCCGACGCCGCAGCUGUACCAGCACCGCGCCGAAGACUGCGUCGUGUACCUCGGCAUCAUUGACAUUUUGACACCGUGGAGCAUUCGCAAGCAGCUCGAGCACUGGUUCCGCGUCUACUUGCAGUGCAAGGACCGCCAAGGCAUCUCGUGCGUCGACCCCAAGCAGUACGCCAACCGGUUCCGCGAGCACGUCGUCGCCGUUGUCAUUCAGGGCAAGAAGCCGCCACCGCAUCUCGAGGAGAAGCACAAGCAGCUCGAGAAGAAGCAUUCGCAGCUGCCGUUGAGUCAACGCGAGUCGCUGAGCUCGGCGGUCCAGCAACCGAUGAUGAACUUCCAGACGCCGCCACCGGCGCGGGCGCCGACGAUGGUGGCCUCUGAUUUCACCGGAUCGCACCUCGUGCUCGAUCACCUGCCGUCGUCACGCUACUCGGGGUCGUCGUCGGUCGCCGCCGCGGUCGGCCCGACCUCGUUUGGCCAGCCCUACGGCAUGUACUCGAUGAGCUCGUUCCGGAGUGCGCAACAACAACAGUAUGCAUGAGGCAACAAGCAGCCUCGUAUUUAUAGCCGAUAAUCAUGGGUG